AUGGCGUUUACUCCGGAACGUGGAGCAUUAAUCGUUGACUCUCAGUAUGAAAAUGAAGAUCAACAGUUUUUGGAGGAAAUCCAUCUCUCGAAAAGUAACUGUACCGGUGCAGACAGUGGUUCUAUUAACGGCGAUUACGGUAGCAGUAGUGGGUUCUACAAUCCGGAUCAUUCACAGCAACCGCUCAAGACAUAUGCACGAUUACGAACAGUCAAAACUGAACCAAUAGAUUAUGAUGAACAAACUUGUUCAGAAAAUGGCCGAUCGGCUCAAAGUUUUGGAGAGGAUACUGCAUCCAUUAGUGAAACAAGUCAAGCGGAUUAUUCUGCCAGUAACCGUUAUGCAGGGCAUUCUCCACGAACCAGAGGCUAUGAUAUGAUGAACUACAGUACUGUAGAAUACGCUAACCAAAAUGGUGAAGGUGCAUUGGGAUUGAGUACCAACCGAGUGGUACAGGAACCAGGUCCUAUAGGGGAUGAUAUUGAGGAAAGACACGAUAACAAUGGCUUGCAGAGUCGUAAUGCUAUUUCUGUGUGGACGCCACCUUCAUUUCGAACUUAUCGUCCACCAUGUUCUAUUGAUUGGCGGCAUCCACGAGUGAGAGAUGUCUUACGUGACUACAGAAAUCAGAAAAUUAACUCACGUGAAGGUGCAGAACUGAUCAAAAAAAUAACGGGUAGUCCAGUAUCUACAACAACAGUGAGAGUGAAAAGCCGAAUGCUGGAUGAAUUGGACGCACAGUGCGUAGAAAACAGUGUUGAAUCGAGAUGUGGUUGUGAAAUUGGUGGUGACGGUACAGAUACUAAUCAAUCAUUGCGAGAAAAUGGAAGAAUCAAAUUUUUGGCGAACAAUGUGAAUAAAGCUCUAAUUCCUGGUGUCAAUGCUCCGAUUGUAGCUCCGCCAAAUUCUCCUUACUAUCUUUCAUUUUCACGCCGCUUCAAGCAAACUUCAUUAACAGUACCUCUCAAUCCGGAUGAGGUUCGGUUGUACAGACAUGCAUCUCAUUCAAAAUCAGGACGAACAAUACAUUUCAGAUGUUCGCGCUGCGAUACUCUACACCAAACCUACAAAAGCGGUGAAAUUGCACGUAUAAAAAUGGUAGAUGGCGUUGUUGUUAGCCAAUUGUAUCCUGUACAUCAUGAACGUUGUAAACCAAUAAGACUAGUGGAAGCCAGAGCGAAAGAAAUUGAACGACGUUGCCGAAAAGAUAUAAUCAUGGGAAUGAAUCCGAAAGAAGCUUGGAAAAAGGGACGAAAAGCAGCUAUUUCGGAAGCAACGGCAGCUGGUUUUCCUGUGUAUGGUCCUGGCUCUAUUUUAUCUGCCUUUCCGGAGUGGGAUAAAGUAAAAGCACUCUUUGGUGCCCUACGGGCAAGAUAUAUUAGAAGACAAAUGCAUCUCAAACAGCGUAUGGCUGGCAAGAAAAAUCUCGACAACGAUGAGAAGAAACUAGAGACUGCUGAUUUUGACAUGGCGGAAGUUGCACGACCAAAAAGAUCGUGGGUUGGACAAGGAGCAACCUAUGCUAAUUCUGUGCGACAUGAUGACGGCGCAUCAACAAGUGGUUUGGAGAACGUAGCAAUUAGUGAAGGUGAGGAGAUUGUGGGUAAUGAUUUCGAACUGGAUGAUUUUGAAGAAGAAUCUCUCUAUAAUUUCAUGCAAAAUGCCGGAAAAGUUGCAAAUUUCAACCAGGUCUGCAAUACAAAUAACACUUCUAAUAGUGCAUUCCCCAGAAAUUCAUCAAAUGAAUUGGCACUUGCAUCUAAUUUUACAUCAGAAGCAACAGUUGUAGAAGAGCGGCAGUCUGAUGUUCGGCAAAAUAUCCAGCAAGGGCAUAGUACUAUGGAUUCUGAUAAUUCCAAGGUAACUUAUGAAGUGCAGGAAGUAGAACGGGCAAUUGCCAGAGCAGGUGUACCACUUGAACGAAGCUUUCCAGAUCAACUGAAUCGACCACCAAUCUUGACACCAGCUCGUUCCAGUCCAUCAUCCAGCGUUCUUUCUGCUUCUGUAGAAGGCCUGUCAGAUGUUGAAAAAAGAGCUGGACAUCCAAGAAAAAAGCGAAAGCGAUCGGAGGAUCCAAAACCAGGUCAAGAUUAUAUUACAUUUGUGUCUCCAGCUGGCGUUUUACCAUGCGCUGAAAAAAAGAAAAAAUACACUGAAGAGGAUGCGACGGAGAAACUAAAGAAAAUAGAAUUGUAUAUUGCCCAGUAUAAUGCACUAAGUGAUAAUAAAAUUGCCACAAUUCAUGUGAGUCGAGGCGGUGAUUUGAAGUUGCAUGGUAGUAAGUACAUCGUCGAUGCUUGUUUACACUCAUCCAUUAUUAGAGAUUUGAAAAAUAAGUGGAGAGAGCGGGAAGAGGUUGAUGAGGAAGGCGUCGAUGAUGAUGAGCUUGUUUCAAUUCCGUUGGUUAGAUGCUUACCAAACCUAGAAAUUAAUAUUGCUAGCACUUCUGAUGUACGUGCAAUGCUUAACAAAUUCUUGGAAGCAAUGCAUUACCCUUGGAAGCCAUGGUUUGGCGUAUCGCAUAAUCCAGAUUACUGGCCGCCGUCUGUUCCAUUUUAUGAUCCGAAUAACGAUCUCCUUAGCUUAAGCAAUCUUAAACAACGAAAAGAAAUUGAAAAGCAUUCGAUUGUGGAUCUUGAAAGAGAUAUUCUGAAAUACGCUUUCAAACAUUAUAUAAGCUUCAUGGAAUAUCAUUUUGGACUUUCUGGACCAGAUUAUGACGAAGACUCACGGAAUAUUGAAGGAGAUACGAGUGUAGGUACACGAGUGGUGCGGCAAUGCACUGUUGGUGUAAAUGUCAAUUUGCUGUCAGAAGAAUCUUCAGCUGUUAUGGCAUCAGAAAUACAAAAGGUGGAAGCAGCAAAAAUACAGUCGGGUGAAGUUCAAGAGCCAGUUUCAUCUGUAGGCUUUACUUCCGGAACUCCUCAUUCAUCACCAGGUAAUGAAGCCGGUGAACAGUUUUCCGAUCCUGCAAUUUCUGCAGGUGAUGUUCCGGCUACUUCAACUUUUACCGCAAUACCUCUUUCCAAUGAAAGGAUUUUAGAAGAUCAGCUUUCACUUUUUCGGAAUUCAGUUUUACGAAUCCGUUACGAUCAAAUGGGUGCAGAUGUACGGAUGAUUUUUGAAUCAGUCAUAAAGAUUCAAAGUCAUUCAACGUGCAGAACUUUGGUGGUUUUCGCGGAUGAACGAAAUAAGCUGAGCUUAUCUGGUGACAAAACCCUGAUAUCGGCCUUUUUAAGUUCAAACAUACCUCAUUGUUUGCCUACGGCUAUGAAUAACGGCUUUGAUAAUCAAGCCAUAACACUGCCUUUGCUUCAACUUUACGACGACACCGUUGUCGAUCGAAUGACUGAAGACCGUGCAUUAGAUUUGCUGGAUGAUAUGAUGAUGCACGUUAAUUUCCCAUGGACAGAUCCAUAUGAUGGCACUCAACCAGAUUGUUGGCCACCUGAAAUACCUUUCUGUUCGCCUUGGUCAAACAGUGGAAGAGGAAUAUUGAACCGACGAAUUGGCGCUAAUACUCCUGGUCAAGCUGCUAAAGUAGUUCUCAAAAGUGUUCGGUGGUUUUAUUCCGAAAUGCUGCUUGAGAAAUUGAAAUUACAAGAUGGUUUGAAAAGGAUUGCUCCAUCAUUAGCUGAACUGACACAUAAUCUUCUGCAAGAAAGAAGCAGUGCUUUGCAAACACCCAUUCCACGUCCAGCUUCUCAAGAAAUAACUCAGUUUCGUGUUCCUGGCAAAGUUGUAAAACGGAGUCCAUCUCAACACUCUUACCGUUCGCAUUUACAAAUUGCAUCUCGUCAUUCUGGUUCAUCACAGGAAUUACGAAUGUAUGAUCAACCGCCGCCUGCACUACCGCCACCGCUAGAAGUACGAACUGACUUCACAUUGCAAGAUUUGCCUUACCGCGGCCAUACAGCUCCACUCAGUCCAUCACAGCAUUCGGUUUCAUCCCAGGAAACUGUUCCGUUUCGACUACCACCUCAUCAUCCGUUGGCAAAUGCACACCUUACUUUGCAGCAAAAUCCGGUUUCUGAAGAGCCUUACGAUGCUCAAAACUAUGAAGCUCGUUCGGAAAGUUAUAUUAUAUCUGAUGAUCGUGGUAUUUCUGUGAUGACGCCUGCUGAAUCUUGCAUACUGCAGGAAGUGCCUUUUCAGAAUCCUAAAACAACAGUGCCAGCACACUCCCGUGUAUCGCCAUCAUCUCGAGACUUCAGAAUGCCGCGAAUUCCGUCUCAGCAAGUACUCACUCCUGAAGAUCGUGCAGCAAGUUGGACCUCACGUCAUUCUUCGGCCAGUUCUGGGUCGAGAUCUUCACAAAGUAAUAGAAGUUCACUUCACUCUAGUGUACAUUCUGAGUCGCGUGGAUCAGUUGCAAGUGCAUCAUCGAAGUUUACUGCUCCGGGACAUUCCUAUCAAGUACCUGUAUACAACAAACCAAGCGCAGUAAGGUUGCAUAACAAGAAAGAGCAGCAGAAAUAUUCUAUGGCUGCCAAAUCUCAACAUAGUCCUUACGUAGUUGAAGAUUCUGCUACAACGAGUAGAUUCCGAGACGAAAGCUCAUUUCGGACUGCAACCCCGCACUCCAGUUACUCUGAAUAUUCUAUUGCGUCGCGUGAUGUGCUUGUUCAGGGCUCAUUUAUUGACGAUGCAGUCAAUCCACAGCUUCAUUUUCAGCAAGCAGAACUGGCACGGAAUUUUGUAGCACCGCAGAAUCCACCAUUACAACAACAGGAGCAUCAACAAGAGAAAGAUUUUAUAAGGGUACUAUGUGCCUGUGAGCCAGGUUUGGAGUUGAAUGCGAAUGAUUGCGUACGAUGUAAUCGCUGCCAUAAAAAUUUUCAUUCUAAAUGUUUGCCGUUAAAACGGCGAGUUAGUAAUUACUAUUGUGCGUCUUGUUAUGAGAAAUGA